UAUUUAUAUGAGCGAUCAAGAAUUAGAUCCUAGUGAUUUCGCCUUUCUUUAUUUCGCAAUUUCUAUUAUAAUUAUUGCCAUCUUACCCCUAACUUAUACCCUAAUCAAACAACCGCUCUCAUCCAUGAAAUAUAAUCCGAAAUACAAAAAAGCUCCAUCUACUGCUAAAAAAGCUAUUGAAAUCGACAUCCAAAGAAAUCUAUUCUAUAAAAAGAAAAGUUUCUAUUGGAAAUUGUUUUUUUGGAUUAUCUUAAUGAUGAUCUUUAUUAACACGUAUCAAUAAUUACCUGAUUCUAAAUUAAUCAAGGGCUUUGAUCCUUAUGAAGUAUUAGGUGUAAAAUCAUAUACACCCGUUGAUUAAAUUAAAAAAGCAUAUAGACAACUAGCAAGAGAAUAUCACCCAGAUAAACAUCCAGAUGAAACUUAGAAAUACUCAAAAUUAUUUGAUACUAUCACUAAAGCUUAUUAAUGUCUAACUGAUCCAAGUAAAAUUGCUAAUUGUAAAAAAUAUGGAAAUCCUGAUGGUUUUACUGGAUUCUAAAUUGGUAUUGCUUUACCUGAAUUUGCAAUUUCAAAAGAAAAUCAAGGAUUUCUAUUGGCUGGAUUAUUUCUUUCUUUUAUCAUCAUUAUAUUAAUAACAUUUUGCACAGCCUUUUCGGGAUUUGGUAAAUAUGAUGUCAAUGGCAUUCUAAUGUCAAAUAAAAAAUAUUUAGCAGAAAGAAUUACUGCAGGAAAAAAUAAAACAUAUUAAGAAUGUUUAGAAACUAUCUAAAAUUGUGAUGAAAUUGAUAAUGAUAAAGAUUUCAUCACUGGAAUUCAAUGUGAACACGCCCCUGGAAUUUUAUAUAUGAGUAUUGAGAUUUGCUUAUAAAUCUUAACACAAUUAUGGGCACAUUAUGAUUUACGGUAAAUCAGAGAAAUUACUGAUUAAAUUGUAACUUAGAUUGAAUCCAUACCUAAAAUUAUUCAAGUAUUAAUUUGAUUAUAUUUGUUAGCAUAAAUCUAAUUUAAAUCAUCCAGGGAAACCAUAAUUAGAAGCCACAAUUAAAACAGCAGAAGAAACUCUUACUGAGGAUGAUUAUAGAAAUACAGAUUUAUUUGAAAUUAAAUGUCAUUUAAGUGGAUUGGUAGAUUAAUUCAUUUAAAGUCAAACUUUUCCAGUGUUAAAAUAGAAUUAAUGGAAUAUAUUGUUGUUUUAUAAUAAUUUGAUUAUUGGAUCUAGAUAGAUCAAAGAGGAUACAGAAAGCAAAUCUGUUAUUUUCCGAGUAAUUCCAGCUUAAUUUGAAUAGAAAAAUAUAACUGAAUUUGAAUUUAAAGUAAUUGCUUAUGCAGAUAGUUAUCAAUUGAAACUAGAAUAGAAACUCAAUUUAAAAUGUACAUUUUAUCAAGAAGAUUCAAAGAAAAAAAACAAUAAGGAAAAACAUGAAUGA